CACUCCUCAGGUUUGGAGAGUUAGUAGUGUUAUUAUUAUAGUGUUGAAAGUAUUAAAAAGUAAGUAAGGAACACUCCUCAGGUUUGGAGAGUUAGUAGUGUUAUUAUUAUAGUGUUGAAAGUAUUAAAAAGUAAGUAAGGAACACUCCUCAGGUUUGGAGAGUUAGUGGGGGAAGACUCAGACAUAGAGGCCUGUGUUAGUAAGCAACUGUUCGUGGAGAAAAUGUUAGCACUCGAUCCUGCCACCUACACCGAACCAGGACUGAGAUGUUUCGAGAACUAUUUCAAAGAAGUUAAUGAGAAUGAGAUCAGAGAAACAAAGAACAGUCAGAAACUACCGGAUGAGGAAUGCGAACCUUUUAUUGGAACUGAUUACAUCUGGCGAUUAGUGAUAGAAGGUAGAGAGGAGCUGACUGAGUAUUCUAUAGCACUUCUCAAAGAUAUCUACAGUAGUGCUACUGUUACUAACCAGUUUGUUAGACAUAACGAGUUUAUCAAGACGUGUUUUACGAAAGCUCGGCAAUGUUUUUAUCAAUACGAGGUCCAGCAGUACCCAAAGCUCCUGGCUAGACAGACAAUCAGAAUACUGCACGUGCUUAGGGAGUAUGUGGUGGACAACAUGGACAAAAGUGUGACCGGGGUGGUACAUGAGGGUAUGACAACUCCCUCACACGAAAGAUCCUGGCAGGGAAUACCUGUCAUCAUCAUCGCACAGCUACUUGGACCUCACGAUAAGGUGCUGGAGAAUAUAGAAGUCCUAACCCACACUAACGAAACUCUAGGAACCAUCAGAAGGAACCUUGUAGCUCACAUUUGUAAGAACGAGGUUCCACCAACACCCCCUCACAUACAGCUGAAAGUUAACAACGAGGAACUGGCGCCGUCACUGGACAGAAAGGCGCUGAUACAGCUAGAUCUAAAAGACAGACAAGUGCUGACUGUGCGUGUGAUGACGUCACUCCACAUCAACUCUCCCAGCAGUUCCAGUACCAGCUCCGCCGACCUCUUCAACAGUCCUUGUAGUCCUAUCAAGCAAACCAAAUACAUCCCGUGGUUAUUGUACGUGAGCGACGUAGCAAUGCAUCACAAGCAGAUAGACCUGUGUGAUGCUGUCACUGCUAUCCUCAACAUAUUCCCUACAGAUAUGGAGAUAGAGCAGGAUAUAACAGAGCUAGCUGCUACUCAGGCUACGGAGGUGGUACAAUCACAAGAUGAGAACACAGAGACCCCAGCUCCAGCAGCAACAGACAGCUCCCUCUCCACCGCUAUAUUCCUGGACUCCAACUGUGGUGGCGUCAGGUACAAGCUAGAGAUAGUGUACGCGUUACUCAUGCCUGCUGUUCCCUCAGCUAAGAGUGUCAAGUUCAGAACAGACUUCAUUCUUGCCGGUGGUGUAGAAACAGUUUUAUCUCUACUGCAAAACGAGCGAUUCCUCUGUGGAGCGGAUAAGCAAACGAGGAGGAGCUGUCUGCAUAUCUUUGCGAAGAUAACAAAGUUUGUUCUCACCACCCUGUGUUAUGGAACUCUUGCUUUGUUCAAGAAGAAUACUCCGUCAUCUCGAGCCGCUCUGAACCUCCAGAACUCUCUCACCAGCAUUCCCAACCCUGCAAUUGAACGUGUGCUAAGGAACGCAGCACAUCACACCGUACAGAAUGAACUUGUAUUAGAGAGACUACAAAAGAAUGAGCAAGCUGUCCCUACCUUGAAGUAUAUCCAGGCGAUAUUUCGUUUGACACGAAGAUGCGCGUUUGGAUACGACUUGUUACCACAUCCUAUUAUAGUAAAUGAGGCUACAAUCAACAACAACAUACUUUUUGAGGAUGUCUGGCUGGCCCAGGAGCUGAUGGAGAAUCUGACGAUUUGUUUUAUGCAUCAGCCUCUUAUCCUGGAGGACCUGUUGGUGAACGAGGAAUUCAAGGAAUUUAUCGUAAACAUGAUACUCGUGUGCUCCAGUCAGUUUGUCCGACAGGUAGUAUCGGAUCAGCUCUAUAUAAUGUGUGUAAAGUGUUGCGUGGCUGGGAAAAGCGUCCUCGAUGUUAUCAAGCUUCUAUUUGAUAACCUUCACAAGACAGAGGACUAUGGUGAUAACAGUUGUUUCUACUUCGGACUACUCAGUAGAAUCCUCGCCUGUGCCGCACAUCAUAAUAUAAUCGUUUGUAACAGCGACUCUCUCCUAGAACAAGAGGUCGCAUGGUUGAAGAGUAUUGAACAUCAUAACAAGUUUCAUCCUCUCAACGAAACACUUCUCAAAGGGCAUCUCCAGAUCUGCCGAGAGCUGGUUUCAAUCUCUUCUCUGCCCACUAAACUGUUGCUGGGUAGCCAAGAUAACGGACCUUUACUUCUUCCCUCUCUCCUCUUCAAUUAUCUCUUCCCUGCAAGCAAGAUGUUGUUGGAUCAGAGAAGGUUUCCUGAUAUUGAGAUUAGAGACGAUCUUCCAAUCUGCCAGACCCCUCAAACACAGGAAGCUGCAUUUAAUCUAGUUGGAGCACUGUGUAAAGGCUGCUUAGAAAACCUUGGAUUUGUCGUUAACUCCACGAAAGAGCUGUUCUACUCCGAACAGAACUUACUCAACUCCUGGGAAUUUCCACCUUCUAUCCACCCUAGGAACCCAAAAGGAUUUGUUGGACUAAAGAACGGCGGAGCGACCUGUUACAUGAACGCAGUUCUGCAACAGGUCGCUGGAAUCACAAUGAACUACCCGAUUUGUUGGACUAAAGAACGGCGGAGCGACCUGUUACAUGAACGCAGUUCUGCAACAGGUCGCUGGAAUCACAAUGAACUACCCGUAGGAUUUGUUGGACUAAAGAACGGCGGAGCGACCUGUUACAUGAACGCAGUUCUGCAACAGCUCUACAUGAUCCCCCAUAUCCGAGCUAACCUGCUAUCUUUGCCUUGUUUGGAGGAGGAUGGGAGCGAAGAGGAGGAGGGGGACGAAAGGAAGGAGGGCGAGGAGGGGGAGGAGGGGGAGAUGUCCCCAGCUAAGCUUCAUCACCUCGGUGUUGCUAAACAGGUUCAAUCAAUAUUCUGUGCUCUAAAAGAAUCAAAACACCAAUACUACACCCCUGACGGUUUCUGGAGAGCGUUUAAACUGUGGGGAGAGCCGGUGAACCUGCGGGAGCAACACGAUAGUCUGGAGUUCUUCAACGCUCUUCUCGAUAACCUGGUCGAGGGAACUAAAGCUCUCCAGCAGCCGCCUUUUAUAACGGAGAUGCUGGAGGGGAGCUUCGCUGAUCAGAAGAUUUGUAAAGAUUGUCCUCACAGGUACACACGGAUAGAACCCUUUCUUUCUAUUUCUGUAGAUGUUAGGAACCACGAGAAUCUCACAGAUAGUUUGGAUGAAUUCGUUAAGGGUGACCUGUUAGAAGGGAACAAUGCGUACCACUGUGAACUGUGUGACAAGAAGGUAGACACCGUGAAACGGCUCUGUUUCCAGCGACUGCCAAACAUCUUGGCUAUUCAACUCAAACGGUUUGGCUAUGAUUGGGAGAGGGAGUGUGCUGUAAAGUAUAACGACUAUUUCGAGUUCCCUGACACCCUAUCAAUGGAGAGGUACACUGUGGACUUCCUGUCCAGGAUUGAGGAGACCGCUGCUCAUCAGAUGAUCGAGACAGGUGAUAGACAAGACAUUCCGACUCCAUCAGACCACUCAAACUAUCGACUGGUGGGUGUGGUGGUACACAGUGGUCAGGCGAGUGGGGGUCACUAUUACAGCUACAUAAAGCAGAGGAUUAAUGAGGAGAGUGGUGUUGUUGAUAAGUGGUACAGGUUCGAUGAUGUGGAUGUUUCCGAGUGUAAUGUUGAUCAGGAGGGUCAGAUGGCUCGACUAUGUUUCGGAGGAGACAGCAAUGACGCAGACUCUCCGGACAAGAAGCCAAUCGGGCGGGCUCAGAAGAGGUGGUGGAACGCCUACAUUCUCUUCUACGAAAGAGUGGAACCCUCUCCACCGGAACCAGCACCCGCUGAGGAGCUGACUGGAGAGGGUGAUGAUGUGAAGGUGAUUUGUGAGGCGGUGAUGGAUCUUAAUUUAAAGUACGACCCUCCGGCUGUAAGUCGUAGCAGGCAGUUGUUCGGACUGACGUCUGGAAGUGGGGGCGGUAUAUCCUUUCCUUCGGAAGUACGGGCUGGUAAAGAACUCCUCAACUCUCAUUACCAUGCUCUCGGAUCUACUCUUUAG